AUGGCGACAGAAAAACAAGAUAAGCUGGCCGUUCAUGUCAGAUCGGUCGAUAUGACCGAAGAUAUGCAGCAGGAGGCUAUUGAAGUUGCAACGGAGGCUAUGGAGAAAUUUCACAUGGAGAAGGAUAUCGCACAACACAUCAAGAAAGAGUUUGACUCACGCAAAGGCGCCACAUGGCACUGCAUAGUCGGCCGCAACUUUGGCAGUUUCGUAACCCACGAGACGAAACACUUCAUUUACUUCUACCUCGGCCACUGCGCAAUCCUCCUUUUCAAAACCCAAUGA